CGUGCGCAUUUUUCAUGGAAUUGGCUAUGGCGGCCCCAGAGCACACGCUAGGAUAAUGCAAAGGGAGAGAAGGCGGCAGGGCUAGGGCUUUAGGGAGAGGCGAGCGGGAUAGGAUUGCGAGCUGCUGCGGUCCCGCUAGAAAUCAAGGUGUGUCGAGCGCCUCGAAAUAUCGGUCGAGCUCCUGGAAUCUCGCGGCGAUGGAGGCGGCCAGGGCCGGAUUAUCGAGCAUUCUCGUCAUCGCGCUGCUUCUCGAGGUAAUUUCUUGCCAGAGCGACGUCGAGUGCCUCAGGGAGUUCAAGAGCUCGUUCAGGGAUCCCAUGCGCUUCCUCGACUCGUGGGUCUUCCCGCCGACGUCUAACAUCUGCAACUUCGCCGGGAUCACUUGCCUCCACCCGAACGAUUCCAGAGUGUAUGGCAUCUCUCUUCCAGGAUCCGGGUUCACGGGGGAAUUUCCUCGAGGCCUGGACAAGUGCUCCAGCCUCACGACCCUCGAUCUCUCACAGAACGAGCUCAGCGGCAGCAUUCCACCCAACGUUUGCAGCAUUCUUCCAUACCUGGUGGCCUUCGACAUCCACGAGAAUUCCUUCUCGGGAUCCAUCGAUACCUCCUUCAACAAUUGCACCUAUCUCAACAAUCUCGACUUGAGCCAGAACAGAUUCUCGGGACCCAUUCCCGGACAGAUUGGAGUUCUUCCGCGGCUAACCAAGUUUGACGUCUCCAACAACCAGUUCUCGGGGCCAAUUCCGUCAUCUUUCCUUGGCCGGAACUUCCCGUCUAGCGCCUUUGCCAGCAAUCCAGGGCUGUGCGGUCAGCCUCUACGUAACCAGUGCUCUGGGAAGAAGAAGACGAGCGCGGCACUGAUAGCGGGCAUCGCGGCUGGCGGAGUUUUAGCUCUCGUGGGGGCGGCGGUGGCUUUCAUUUGCUUCUUCCCGGUGAGAGUCCGGCCCAUCAAAGGUGGAGGAGCAAGAGACGAGCACAAGUGGGCCAAGAGGAUCCGAGCUCCACAGUCGGUGACCGUGUCACUGUUCGAGAAGCCUCUUACCAAGUUGAAGCUGACGGACCUCAUGGCCGCGACCAACGACUUCUCGCCGGAGAACGUCAUCGGCUCCGGCCGCACAGGUGUGAUCUACAAGGCCACGCUUCAGGACGGGUCCGUGCUCGCGAUCAAGAGGCUCAAGCUCUCGGCUCACGCGGAUAAGCAGUUCAAGUCGGAGAUGGAGAUUCUCGGCAAGCUCAAGCACCGCAACUUGGUGCCUUUGCUCGGCUACUGCGUCGCCGACGCCGAGAAGCUGCUGGUUUACAAGUACAUGCCGAAUGGGAGCUUGAAAGACUGGCUGCAUGGGACGGGGGAGUUUACGCUCGACUGGCCCAAGAGGCUUCGGGUGGCUGUCGGAGCGGCCAGGGGGUUGGCGUGGCUCCACCAUAGCUGCAACCCGAGGAUCAUCCACCGGAACAUCAGUGCUAGCAGCAUUUUGCUCGACGAGGACUUUGAGGCCAGAAUCACGGACUUUGGCCUCGCCCGCCUCAUGAACCCGGUUGACACCCACAUCAGCACGUUUGUCAAUGGAGACUUCGGAGACGUCGGGCACGUAGCGCCCGAGUAUUUGAGGACCUUGGUGGCGACCGCGAGAGGAGACGUAUACAGCUUCGGCGUGGUGUUGCUCCAGCUGACAACCGGCCAAAAGCCUGUGGAGGUGGUGUCUGAGGAUGGUUUCCGGGGGAAUCUCGUCGACUGGGUGGGAAUGCAGUCCCAGAACGGCACACUUGGGAGCGUGAUCCAGAGCUCGCUGAAAGGGGCCGAGGUGGACGCCGAGCAGAUGCAGUUUCUGAAGAUAGCCAUCUCGUGCGUUGCCGCAAAUCCAAAGGAGCGACCUUCUUCCUACGAAGUCUACCAGCUGCUGCGAGCGGUAGGCCAGAAAUACCACUUCUCGGAUCAAAACGACGAGAUCCCUUUGGUCGACUCGACGGGGAUCGACUGCGACGAGCUUAUCGCGGCGUCACGCUCCGGCUGACCGGGAGGACGCCCGCGCAAAGUCGUUCACGUAGCUGGUGUGGUUUGUGAGGAUUUCGCUUUCGCUUUCUCCAUUCGUUUCGUGUAGACGAAGCGUGAGGUACGUAGCUAGUGGGGGACAGGCAAGCUCUCGUCCUCGUCCACAGAUGGAACUCUGGUCGGGGUUGCAAAUAGGCACAGGUGGUAUACAGAUACACAGGUGGGACUCUCACUUAUAUAACGACGAAACGGGAGGGCCAUCGCGCUUCAGCACACGGAUUUCUCUCUGGGUGCCAGUCAAACAGCUCAGGCCCGAGUGUCUGGAGCUCGCCAUUCACAAAGCAGGCUCUGAAAGACGCCACAGCCUUCUCGUGACGACACUCCUCGUCGCUGCUUUUACCACCGCCAGGAGAGUUGCCACCACCACCUAGGUACUUGCGAGCUCGUCCUCUCCUGAUUAAUGCGGCCGUUUUCAGCAGUACACAGGGACGCCAGCUCCACUUCCUCCCGGACCGCAGUAAAAGCGUCGAGUGGAUCUUCCUCCUCCUCACAGGUCUUUCGUUUCUUUCUCGUGUCCUGAUGCUUCAUCGCUGUAGGUGUGGUAGUGUUCGCCUUCUCGUCCUCGUCCUCCCAGGCCGCUGACACCGCUCCAGAGCUCCCUCGUGCAUUCUACCAGCCAUAGCCUCGCUCCAAAGUUGCCAGUGUCCAUCUCCGUCGUUGUGAGCCAUUAUGGAGACCAUCCUCUUCCGCCACCCUGCUGCUCGUCUUGUCCUGUCGUCCCUCUUUCGUCUCUAGUGGCGUUUUCUUUUCCCCGCUGCGUUCGCUAUUCCCAGUCGUGAGAAUUUAUCUCCUGCUGCGUCCUUUUCAUCUCUGUCAGCCUUGACACUCGAAACUGUUUAGCUAGGCCGGACUCUGGACCACACUCGAGCUUGGCAGUCUUGUCCAUUCCCAUUUGGAAUCGUCGUCACUGGAGCUUGGAUUUGACACCAAUCUGCGACGUUUUCUCCGCGUAGUUUACGUCACCGACGAGCUUGACGAGAGCCUCAGCUUGACUUACUGUUGUAGCUCGUGUUUCAAACGAGCUCCCUGUGCGGGCUCCUAUUGCCUUGAUUGUCCCUGGCGAGAGAGAGCUUAUUUAUCGCGAACUUCAGGAGAGAUCCUCGACAUCUACGUUCUUUGCGUGGUCUUUUUUCGAGAAGCGCGUAUAGAAAGCAGUAUAUUCUUUUGCAAAACCUUUAAUAUCUCGUACAUGAAACAAACCUGAAAACAGAUAGCCUCAA